AUGGCAUUCCCACAGAUGAAAAAAAGGUUUUCAUUGUUUAGUUCACCUCCUUUAGCACCACAAAUUUUAAGUAAUGCAUCAUCAUUAUUAACCACACCACAAGAAAUACGUGAGGAUAAUAAACCUACAUCUGAUGAGAUUCGUAAAUCAUUUGAAAAUUUAGAAAAACUUGUUUUGACCGCGGAUGAAUAUAGAGAUUGUGUGAACAAAUUAAGUAAAAUUUCCAAAAAUUUCAGUAAAUGUUUAAAAGAUUAUGGUAAUUGUAAAGGGAUUGAUAAAUCUUAUGCGCAAUUUUACGAGAAUCACGCAGAAGUACAAGCCAAACUGUACAAAGCUUUGCAAAAAGAAUUCGAAAUUCUACAAAGAUUCUGGGAUAAAUAUUCAAAGAAAGUUGCAAAAUAUGUCGCUUCGUUGACAUCCAUAAGUACAGACGUUGCACGGUUACGAGCAGAAUAUGCAGAGGAAGAGAUGAGACGAGAGAAGCAUACUCAUUCUGUGAUAUCGCAAAUUAUUUGCAGAUUUACUGAAGGUCAAUUCGCUUCAUUUAAUGAUUCAUUGAAGAAGUGUGAACCGAGUAUUACCAAGGUGAAAGAAUGGACGCCUUUUGCCGGACAAGACAUACCUUUACCACUGGAUCUUGAUGCUUCAAUAUCAGAAAUGCAAAAGGUUGCUAUGAGACAUAAAACUGCACCAUCACCAACAGAAACUCCAUCUAUAGAAUCUAAUCCCGCUCCCAUUAUAAAUGAUAUUAAUGAAUACGAGAACGAAACAAUCACUCCCGCUCCCCCAAUUGUUACCGCGGUUGCCAAAUCAUCUAAUAGCGUCCCAAAUUCAAAAAAAAAACUUUCGAACGAUAGUCAUUUAACUCCAAAUUUACUUUCUAGUUUAUCAAUAGGUAUUCACGAUAAUGACAAUCCGUUCUUUAGGGAUGGCAGUAAUAUGAUUAUAAAAACCGGAGAAAAGGAUUCCACAAAACUCGAAGAGAAUCAUGCAAGUUCAUUAAGCAUAACUAAAAGUAACGAUAAAAUAGUAUCAUUAAAAAAAGAUCAAUUAAAGAAUGAGAAAAAUAUUAAUGGUUCGGAUAUCGAUAAUGAAAAUGAGUUUAAUAAACCCAAUGAUAAAUACUAUUCGAAUGAAUAUCACGUUAUGGACAUUGAAAGAAUAGCAAAUGAUAGUCCUGCACCAAGUUUUGAAACCGAAAGGCUUGUAAGAUCAUUUCCUAUCGAUUUGCCUGUGAGAUCACAACCAUCGACUCCAACAAAUUCACCGAGUGAGAAAUCAAGUGUAUUUUAUAAUAUGAAGACAGAUCAUUUAUCAGGAUAUAUUCGCGAUCUGGACUCUAUAAUAAAUAGUAAUACGGAUCAUCAAGGAACGCACCCGUACCAUGAUGAGAUUCAUGUGACAUCGCCGACAACACAUUUAGCAAAAUCGUAUAUAGAUAGAACACCACAAAGACAAUAUAAUAUUCAACCUAGAAGAGCAUUUACAGAAUAUUCUUCUUCUGAUAACGAUAACAAAUGUGGUUCAUCAGUUGCAGAUAUACGAGAGCGUUUAUUAUCAUUGAAUGACAAUGAACGAAAAUCGACAACAUCAUCAACACGAGACUUUCCAAAGCCAAGACAAGGUUACGUAAAUGAAGUAAAAACAAAAUUUGUAGGCAUGGGAGAGAGUAACAAUAACGACACUCCACCAUAUUCUCUUAUAACUUCAAAUAACUAUGGAGAUGAUGAUGACAUGUAUCCUGAUCAAGUUGAGCAUUUCGAAGAUACGAAUCCAGCAUCCCUAAGUAAACCCAUAAUUAAUGAACAAUGUGAUUGUCAUAAUUGUCGAGAAUUAAGAAAAGCUACAAUUGCGAAUGACUUAACAUAUCAUCCACAAGAGUCUUUUUUACAUGAAGAUGAUUAA